CAUUUAAGUAGUUGAAUGUAGCAGUGAUUUCUCAUUUAUAUCAGCUGCGUUUGGCGCAUUGAGCUCAGACGAUUCCAAAAAAGCAAACUCAGACGAAACAAAUAAUCGCAGUCUUUUGGCAGCAUUCUGUCAUGGCCCAGCCGGUGAUGACAUGUCAGGUUGGCCUUAUGUUUCUGGUCGGUAUGCUGGCCUCCUGGUGUGGUCCAGGUAACUGUUUCUUUGAAUGGAUGAAGCCAAAGCAGCCAGAAGCUCCAGCCCCCGCCCCUUCACUGGCCCCUGGAUUACCGGUGGGGGAGACCCCGCAGUUUGAGAUGAGCAUAGCUGAUGAUAAGUUCCUUGCAGAUGCUAAACUGAUGGACAUCACCCCCUUGGGUAGCUGUCAUUAUCGGGUGGUUGCCCAGUUGAAGUCAACCUGUGCUAACCUGUCAGAAGAGCAGCUAGCUAAACUAGGUGUGGCACUGUUCAACUGUCAGGCGGAAGUGGAGGGGCGCAGAACGUACCCCUGCACUGAGGACAUGUCCCUGAAGCAUUGUACGGCAGGCAUGGACUCGGACACCUGGAACGCUUAUCACAUAGUGAGCAACCGGGCACGCUCAGUUUGCUACGCCACCCGUCAGCAGCACUUCCGUCGCCGGGCUGAACUCACAGUCAACGCUCUCAUUUCCACAGCAACUAGCCAGCUUGAUGCCAUGAAGGACCUGAAGGAUGGUCAACUGGAGCUGAAGGAGCUGACCUCAGCAUCUCUGGAGAAGUUGCUGGAGGGUCACAGUGCCCUUGCAACCCAGCAGGGGGUGCUGUGGGAGGGCCAAGAGAAGCUGGAGACCUCACUUUCCUCCAACCUGGAGCGGUUGGGCCAGGAGAAAGCGCUUAUUGCUUCUGGACAAAAACUAGUGGGGCAACUGAUUCAUGGCAUCACACACAGGAUGGAAAACAUCAGUGAACAGCUUAAGGGUCAAGGAUCAGAGGUGCAGGAGGGUCAUAGAGCCAUUCUGGAUGAUCUUACUGAAGUCAGAGAGCGUGCGCAUGACAUCUACAAUAAAAUAGAUCACAGCAUGUCCGGAUUCCUGCAGUAUCAGAACCGAACUGCUCAGUACUACAUGGACCUUAUGGGGAAAUUGGAACGCAUGAAUGGAACCCUAGGAACCAUGCUACGUUACCUAGACAACAUGCAGAAUCGUCUAGAGGAGAGGCUUCAUAUCAUUCAGGGCUACGUGGGCUGGGCAGGUCUCAGCUUGGCGGCGGUGUGGACGUGUGUGGUGCAUACUGGGUACUUCCUGCUGUGUGCGGUGGUCCUGACGUUCUUGCACUGUCCCUCUUUCUCCCGAGCCAUGCUGCUCUUCACGGUCCCACUCAACGCUGUGGCCGAGGUCAACCAGCAACCCGCCCUGGACCUGCCCAGUCUCAGCAUGUUGCUGCUCGCACUCUCGCUGGGUUAUUGGCUGUCACUGCAGACGCUGUGGGCGUGUUCUCGGCUGAGAGGAGCGAAGGUCUCCAGGCUGCUGCCUGCUCCUCUCCCAAAGAAGAGGCUUGAACCAGAAAUCCACUCCAGCCCUUGCUACCACCACCCUCACUCCUGUGGCCCAGCCUCCUCCACCCCCCAGGGAGAUGAGCUGGAUGGUGUCAUGGAGCCAGGCGACCAGUUGGAUCCGGACAGCUUUCUGAUUGGUGAGCCCAACACGCCAGCCCUGUUUCCCACCCAUGCCCACCAUAUGUCUGAGGCCAGGUGUGUGCCUGUUGUCAUGGGCACGCCCAGCCACUCUACUCCCAGGUUCAAGGGCCGUCUCAGUGUCUCUGCGGCUGUCCUAGGUCUGUCCCAAAGGAACCUAGCAGGAAUGAUGGAUGCAGUGAGCGACUCAAACAGCCCCAGCCCUAACCGAUCUCUGGCCAGCAACAGCUCUGUGUCUGCCCGGCAGUUCUGUCUCGGCACUACAAGGACAGGACAGCCUUGUAAGAAGAGGUCGGUGCUGGGCCAGGAGUACUGUCACAUCCACGAGGGGGGGUACACCUCUUUUAACCGUCUCUGAAUGAUACUCUGGUCCCCAAAAAUGUCACACUACUCCUGCUCUAUUUAUUUGGACUGGGAACCACUGGGAGGGAGUAGCCUGAUAUUUGGCAUCCCUGCACCCCUCCCCCUGUGUAACUGAGUCAUGUCAGGUUUCAACUAUUUAAUGAUGUCUGUGUGUGAAUUAGAUCACUUUCCUGUGACAUUCUUAAGUACAAGCCUGACCUUCCUUUGACAUGUGCAGGAGUAGGAAACUAAUUUGUCUGGCUGCAAGCUAAGGUUACUGAAUACAAGGAGGGCUCAUGAGGGAAAGGUUUACUUUGCUUGUUUUGUUUUAGUAUGUCUCUAAGCUAUGGAGAGGAAUACAGCCCUUGUAGCUUUCAUCUGGUAAGGAGUUAGUAAGGUUUACCUUACCUGGUAAGGUUAGUAUCCAGGCCACGUGCUUAAUAUUGGCCUUCAUGUUUGACCAGAUUUUAUUUCUAAAAGCUUGUUUCAAGCUGUUUCAGUGAGUUUGCAGUGCUUUAAGGAACUAUGAUGACUACAAAUUGUAUUUCAAUACUUCUAAAGUAGUGAGGCAAAUGUUUAGUAUGGAGAGUUUGGAUUUUUUUAAUUCAUAAUAAAUUUUAAUAAUGCA